AUGUUCGCCGCUUCGCAGUGUCUUCGUGCGCCCCACAUCCCCGCUUCACCCCAGCCAAUCCCCGCUUCGUUCUACUCCUUUGCGCCCUCCUUCCCCCCUUCCCCCCUUCCCCCUACCCUGCCUCCCCUCCUCCCCUCCUCCCCUCCUCCCUGCCUCCCGUCCUCCCCACCUCUCCUCCGCCCCUCCUUGCCUCCCUUCCUCCCCUCCUCGCCUCCUUGCUGCCUCCCCUCCUCCCACCUCUUCUCCUCCCCUCCUCCCCACCUCUCCUCCUCCCCUCAUCCCCACCUCUCCCCCUCCCCUCCUCCUUACCUCCCCUUCUCCCCCCCUCCCCACCUCCCCUCCUCACCCCCUCCCCACCUCUCCUCCUCCCCUCCUCCCCACCUCUCGUCAUCCCCUCCUCCCCAUUCCCUGCCUCCCCACGUCCCCACUUCCCCGCCCCCUCGUGCAGGUGGCAGCGGGAGUGUUGAACUCACCGCUCCCCUCCACAUCCCCAGCCUUUCUCUCCCCCACCCCUCCCCUCUCCUGCGCGCACAGGUGGCGGCGGGGGUGUUGGGCCGACUGCUAGACGCGGCUCAGCAGCCGCACUCGCUCUUUGAGGUGGCGGCGGUGGUGACGCAGCCGCCGUCCAGCCGGGGCAGGGGGCGCACUAAAGGACAGCUGCAGCCGACCGCCGUGGGACAGCUGGCAGCAGAGCGCGGCCUGCCAGCCGACCGCAUCCUCUCGCCCGCCACGGCUCGCGAUCCCGCGUUUCUGGAGGCGCUGAAGCACCUGCAGCCAGACGUGUGCGUCACUGCAGCAUAUGGAAACUUCCUCCCGUCUUCCUUCCUCUCCAUCCCGCUCCAAGGCACUGUGAACAUUCACCCCAGCCUGCUCCCCAAGUUCAGAGGAGCGUCGCCUGUGCAGCGAGCUCUGGAGCAAGGGGUGAGGGAGACGGGGGUGACAGUGGCGUACACAGUCUUGCAGAUGGACGCAGGCCCCAUCAUCGCACAGGAGAGGGUGGCUGUGACGGAUGACAUUCAAGCACCCGCACUGCUCAACGACCUCUUCCAUCGAGGCACGCACCUGCUACUGCAGCACCUGCCCUCUGUGCUGGAUGGCUCUGCUGCUGCCUCUGCCACGCCGCAAGACGACUCCCAAGCCACCCACGCCCCCAAGAGUCUGCUUGUGCGUGCAGCAGCAUCUGAUGACAUCACCACACCAUGCACGAGUUCUCUCAUUGCCGUCGUGCAGCCACCCUUCACUGUGUUCCCUCAUGGCGGGUGGCAGCAGAGGCAAGGGUUCCGGUGUUCCCCUCGUUACUGCACCUCGCUGCAUGCCGCACCUUGCACUAAUCCCCUCACUAAUCAUCCUCUCAUGGCAGGUGGCAGCAGAGGAGGGCAUCCUCGACUUCUCUCUGCCCGCCCUCACACUGCACAACAAGGUGCCGCCUUCACAACACAGCACCACAUGCCAUCACAGCACCACAUGCCAUCACAGCGCCACAUGCCAUCACAUGACCACAUGCCAUCACAUCACCACAUGCCAUCACAGCACCACAUGCCAUCACAGUACCACAUGCCAUCACAUCACCACAUGCCAUGCCAUCACCACAUGCCAUCACAGCACCACAUGCCAUCACAGCACCACAUGCCAUCACAGUACCACAUGCCUUCAGCCCCUCGCCCUCUCACCCACUCUCUUCCCUUCCACCCCUCCCCAUUGCUCCAUCUCCGCUCACUCCUCCACCCCUCCCUCUUACCCAAACCUCACAUCCAGGUUCGGGCAUUCGCGCCCUGGCCCGGCACGCGAGCCUCGUUCAUAACCAAGGACGCAGCCACGGGCGACGUGGACAACGUCUCCCUCAAGCUGCUGCGCACCAAGCCCCGCCCCGCCGCCCCCUCCUCCGCCCCGCCUGACCCCGCCGUGGCACCGGAGGAGGUGGAGGAGGUGCGGCUGGCGGGGCAGGCCAUGUUCGUUCCCUGCGACGAUGGUUCUGUGCUCGAGGUGCUGGAGGUGCAGCCAGACAGCAAGCGACCAAUGACAGCCAGGGAGUUCUGGAAUGGUCUGCGCGACCGCAAGCUCUUCCGCCCCGCCUGA